GUAAAACUAUGCUCCGUUAGCAGUUGUCUCCGUAUUUGACACUAUGAAAUACAUCUGGCUGGCAAAUGUCAUUGCCCACAAUUGGGACUCUUGUUAUUGCUUGCUUCUUCUUCCACGAUGCAGCGACGUUGACGAACGACACGUCAGUGAGCCCCUUCCUGGCCGACGGCAUGGGCAACGUGUACACUGCCUUCGAAGGGAACGGCUUCUUCUCCCUGGAUGAUGGCAGCUCGGCCAACCUGGCGCUGUGCGGGGUGCGCUGGACCGACCAGGACGCCGCGGUGUUCUGCCGGCAAAAGGGCCGCCAGCUCUACAGGACCUACACCAAUUCCUUCUUCGGCGCGCACAACCCUUCCUCGGCCGACGUGCUGGUGGUGACUUUCCCCGUGGAUUUCGUGUGCGACGGGACGGAGACUUCGCUGCUUGAUUGCCCGGCCAAGAGCACGAACAAAAAAGGGCAGUGUUACGACGGCAACGACGCCAGCCUUGCAUGCCUGUUCAGAGAGGAACCAGCAGACUUCGCCGUCCGGCUGGCCGGGAGUUCCGACAUCAACGCCGGGCGUGUGGAGGUCAAGCACCAGGGCACCUGGGGCAGCGUGGAGGCCAUCGUCGUGGAGCGCAAGCGGGAGUACGGCGACGUGGUCUGCCGGAUGCUGGACCUAGGCUUCGCCACCGAGGUCACCCCUCACCGGGACGAGUUCGGGGAGAGCACGCUGCCCGUAGUCGUGGGCGGGGUGGCCUGCACCGGCGCGGAGCCCUCGCUGGCCCAGUGCGGCGAGAACUUGGAGUUCGUAAACGACGUGUUUCAGAACAUGACAAGAGAUGACACGGUGGUACACUGCUCCGGUCAGAUGGAAAAGAUGGUCCCCAGCUUGUAG